UUGAAGACUUUGAAAAACCUUCAUGUCCGUGACGCUGCUCCCUCUCCUCUUCUCUUCUCUAUACGCUUUUUUGCUUCCUCACUUUUAAACAAUUCAUACCUUUUUCAUUUUCUGAUCCUGAGAAAUUUUUUUAAAAAAAUAGUAAUAAUUUCUCGAAAGAAUGAACGGCUCAGAUCAAAAGCUCAAACCUCUGCAACUAUUUUCUGGCCAUCCAUUUCUUCUUCCUCGUAUCUGUUUAUGGGAAUAAUGGAGUCCUGUGACUGCAUUGACACACAAUGGCACCAUGAGGAACUUCUUGUGAAAUAUCAAUAUAUAUCGGAUGUCUUGAUUGCCUUCGCGUACUUCUCAAUUCCUGUCGAGCUCAUUUAUUUUGUGCAAAAAUCCGCUUUCUUUCCAUAUAGAUGGGUGCUCAUGCAAUUUGGUGCUUUCAUUGUUCUUUGUGGAGCAACUCACUUCAUAAACUUGUGGACAUUCACCAUGCAUUCUAAAGCUGUUGCCGUGGUGAUGACUAUUGCAAAAAUUUCUUGUGCCAUUGUAUCAUGCGCAACUGCAUUGAUGCUUGUUCAUAUUAUUCCUGAUCUGCUGAGUGUUAAAACUCGAGAAUUGAUUCUGAAGAACAAGGCUGAAGAACUUGACAGGGAAAUGGGCCUCAUUCUUACACAAGAAGAAACUGGAAGGCAUGUAAGAAUGCUGACUCAUGAAAUCAGAAGCACACUUGACAGACAUACAAUACUGAGAACUACUCUUGUUGAGUUGGGUAGAACCUUAGGCCUGGAGGAAUGUGCACUGUGGAUGCCUUCACGGUCUGAUAUGACUCUGCAACUUUCUCAUACCCUAAACUACCAAAUACAAGUUGGAAUAAAUGUGCCAAUAAAUCUUCCUGUUGUUAAUGAAGUCUUCAACAGCGCUCGAGCAAUGCGUAUACCUUAUACCUGUCCACUGGCUAGGAUCAGACCUCUUGUUGGUAGAUACACACCACCAGAGGUUGUUGCUGUUCGUGUACCUCUUCUACAUCUUUCAAACUUCCAAAUCAAUGAUUGGCCCGACCUCUCUGCAAAAAAUUAUGCCAUCAUGGUUCUGAUUCUUCCCACAGACAGUGCUAGAAAAUGGCGGGACCAUGAGUUGGAACUUGUUGAAGUCGUUGCAGACCAGGUAGCAGUUGCUCUUUCACAUGCUGCUAUUCUGGAAGAGUCUAUGCGAGCACGUGAUCAACUCAUGGAGCAGAAUAUUGCUUUGAAGUUAGCUCGUAGAGAAGCAGAAAUGGCAAUUCAUGCUCGCAAUGAUUUCCUUGCCGUGAUGAACCAUGAAAUGAGGACGCCAAUGCAUGCAAUCAUUGCAUUGUCUUCGCUCCUUUUAGAGACUGAGCUGACUUCUGAACAGAGAGCGAUGAUUGAGACAAUAUUAAAGAGCAGCAACCUCUUGGCAACACUUACUAAUGAUGUUUUAGAUCUUUCUAGACUUGAAGAUGGCAGACUUGUAUUAGAAAUCCAAAUCUUCAACCUUCAUGAGGUCUUCAGAGAGGUUGUCAAUUUGAUAAAGCCCAUUGCAUCUCUAAAGAAGUUGUCUAUGACUUUGAUCAUGGCCCCAGAUUUACCUGUGCUUGCCGUUGGGGAUGAGAAACGUCUUAUGCAAACUAUUUUAAAUGUAGUAGGUAAUGCUGUCAAGUACACGAAGGAGGGCUAUGUUUCAGUUAUAGUUUCUGUUGCGAAACCAGAUUCUCUGAGAGACUGGCAUCCUCCUGAGUUUUACCCGAUGUCGAGUGAUGGCCACUUCUAUCUACGAAUACAGGUAAAGGAUUCUGGUUGUGGCGUUCUUCCACAAGACAUCCCACUCAUCUUUACCAAAUUCAAUCAGCCCCGAAGUGGAUCUAGCAGAAAUAAUGGUGGUGCAGGACUUGGACUUGCCAUCUGCAAACGGUUUGUUAGUCUAAUGGGAGGCCAUAUAUGGAUUGAGAGUGAAGGCCUCGACAAAGGUACCAAUGCUACAUUCAUUGUCAAACUUGCGAUUUGGCACCAAGCCGCACCCAAAGGUCGAGCAAACCAUGCAAGUGCAGAUUUUACUGGAUAUAAACCAUUAUUCAGAGAUAAUGAUGGGGUGCCCUUUUCCAAUCAGCGCUACCAGAGAAGUCUGUAGAAUAUGUACUAUGAGAAUGAAACCCAGCUCACGGAAGGACUAUUUUUCCAAGUGGCUCUACUAAAGGCUGAUGAAUUGUCUGACUGCAGACAUAACCUCUAGCUAAUAGAAAGAGGCGAUGCCAAUAAUGAAAAGAUAUAUCUUACAGAUGAAUUGCUCUUGUACUUGCUUAUGAAUUGUAGUAUAUAAUUCUAAGAAAAGAUCAUGGGUUAAAAUAUCAGCGAUGCUGAUGUAUGCCGUACAUCGGUUGAAAUGAAAGUACGAGCGUCAGCAUAGCAUUUCUCACAAGCACCGGAGCACCCGGAGACGGGCUUGAAUUCGUGUAAUAUUCUGUGAAAAUAUAACAGGUCCUAUUCUCAUGUCA